AUGCUUAUAAUGCAUCACUCUGCCCAGCGGAAAUUGAAUCUCGCUUGUGGUGUCGCUCAAAUCAGUGUGAAGGUUAAGUCAGCUGUGUCUCGCACCGGCUGUCUGAGAGCCAGGCUAAAUGUUGCUGGCAUGAACAGUCAGAUGAUUAACCCAGCCGUGUCGUCCUUAUUGUCAUGCAAGAUGGGUAAUAGACAAGCCAUCUCUCGCGUGUGCAGUGUGAGAAUUAAGACGUGCUAUUGUCCCUUAUGGAGACAAGGUCGAUGUAACCGGGAGAAGCCCCCCUGCAAGUACUUCCACCCACCGCAGCACCUCAAAGACCAGCUGCUCAUCAACGGCCGCAACCACCUGGCUCUCAAGAACGCCAUCAUGACUCAGAUCCAAGGACUCAGCCCGGGCACACCAGUCGUCCCAGGAACCAUACCUAUUACCACCACCCCGUCACCAGCAGGAACAUCCACCACCACCCCGUCACCAGCAGGAACAUCCACAUCAGGAACAUCCACCACCACCCUGUCACCAGCAGGAACAUCCCACAACCCCGUCACCAGCAGGAACCACCACCACCACCCCGUCACCAGCAGGAACAUCCACAUCCCCGUCACCAGCAGGAACAUCCCACAACCCCAGUCCCACAACCCCGUCACCAGGGAACAUCCCCUGGCCGUCACCAGCAGGAACAUCCCACAUCCCCGUCACCAGCGCACCACCUGGAACCGCAGGAACCACCACCACACCACCCCGUCACCAGCAGGAACAUCCCACAACCCCGUCACCAGCAGGAACAUCCCACAACCCCGUCACCAGCAGGAACCACCCACCACCACCCCGUCACCAGCAGGAACAUCCCACAUCCCCGUCACCAGCAGGAACAUCCCACAACCCCGUCACCAGCAGGAACCACCACCACACCCCGUCACCAGCAGGAACAUCCCACAUCCCCGUCACCAGCAGGAACAUCCACCACCACCCCGUCACCAGCAGGAACAUCCCACAACCCCGUCACCAGCAGGAACAUCCCACAACCCCGUCACCAGCAGGAACAUCCCACAACCCCGAACAUCCCAACCCCGUCACCAGCAGGAACAUCCACCACCAAUUCCGUCACCAGCAGGAACAUCCCACAGCCCCGUCACCAGCAGGAACAUCCACCACCCCCGUCACCAGCAGGAACAUCCCACAACCCCGUCACCAGCAGGAACUUCCACCACCCCGUCACCAGCAGGAACAUCCCACAGCCCCGUCACCAGCAGGAACAUCCCACAGCCCCGUCACCAGCAGGAACAUCCCACAACCCCGUCACCAGCAGGAACAUCCACCACCCCUGUCACCACCACCUCCACUCCCGACACCACCACCACUCCUGUCACCAUCACCACUCCCGUCACCACCACUCCCGUUACCACCACCACCAGCAGCAGCAGCAGCAGCAGGAGACUCAGCUACCCUGGCGGGAGUUGGAUAAUCCGGGUGACUGAGCCUGACCCCCACUGCGGCAUCAGGAGACGACCCCGUCCGUCUUGCCGACAUCUCUACUUGAUCCUCUUACUCCAGCACAGAUUUUUGUAUGCUGUAUUUUGAGCUCAGCGGAGGAGGAUGAACCCGGCUCCCCGCUGUUCCUGGAGUCUGGCGCAGGGAGCGAGCUACCCCAUCAGGUUAUCAGUGAUCUGGAAGAGAAAAGAAGGGGAGGAUAAUGAGGGAGUCAGGUUGUAAGACAAAAAAAUUUAAUUAUGAUAAACUGUCUUCAGAGUUUAGUAAAGUGGGAAGUGAUUGGAGGUUUUUGGACCCAGCCUGCCAGGGACCGCACUGACUGGCGGUCGCUGCGGGGCCUCGUGACGCCCACACGACAGUGGCGCCAUAUUUUUUUAUUUUUUUAUUUUUUUAAUAAUUACUAGUGAAAAUCUGUGUUUGUCGAGAUGAA